AUGAAGACGAGCCGCCGCGGCCGAGCGCUCCUGGCCGUGGCCCUGAACCUGCUGGCGCUGCUCUUCGCCACCACCGCCUUCCUCACCACACACUGGUGCCAGGGCACGCAGCGGGUGCCCAAGCCCGGCUGUGGCCAGGGCGGGCGCGCCAACUGCCCCAACUCGGGCGCCAACGCCACGGCCAACGGCACCGCCGCCCCCGCCGCCGCCGCCGCCGCGGGGAACGGCCCCCCUGGCGGCGCGCUCUACAGCUGGGAGACCGGCGACGACCGCUUCCUCUUCAGGAAUUUCCACACCGGCAUCUGGUACUCGUGCGAGGAGGAGCUCGGCGGGCUCGGUGAGGCGAGGGGCCCCGCGCCGCCGCCACGACACCGAUCCCCGCGCUCGGCGGGGCUGGGGGGACGUUCGGGGAAGGAGGACGCCGUGGGCAAGGUCCGGGGGCCGGAACGUUGGGCGUCCGGGACGCCCCGCGCUGGAAGGUUCGAGGCAGAGCUCCGGCCCCCGGUGAACGCCCGCGGCUGCUUUGGGGACGUUGCCGCGCCCCGGGAAGAUUCUCAGAGCCAGGAGCCAAGCGGGCCAUUCUUCUACUCCCACCUUCGACCGCACCGGACCUCGCAGACGGGAGUGGGGAGUCGGGGGAGUCCCGUGGGUCCCCGGGAAGCCGGACCCGCCCAGUGGCACCCCUGUUUGCAGAAGCCAGGGAGCCCUCGGUGA